CGUUUCCCUUUAAAUGUCGCAGCUGAGCGCAACCAGGAAGCAGCGCGGCGAUCUGAGCCCGAUCCUCCAUCAUCAACAGUCCUGGUUGUUUAUUUCCUGCUCUCUUCCACUGCGCCGCCGGGUUAUCUUCUGUUUUUUAUUUCCUGAGGUGAAAGUAAAGGGUUAGAGUUGGGCUGCGUGAACCCUCCAGGAGCAUGGCCGACGGUCCAGACGCUGAUGUUGACAACCCGCCCAGUAUCAUUUUCCCCCCGCUCAUCACCGUGUCCGAUCUGCCCAGCACUGCUGCAGGUCGUAACCUGAAGGAAUGGCUCCAGGAGCAAUUCUGUGACAAACCCCUGGAGCAGGAUGACAUGCGGCUCCACAACGCAGCCUACGUGGGCGACCUGGACACCCUGAGGAACCUGCUGCAGGAGGAUGACUUCAGACGGCGUAUUAACGAGAAGUCUGUGUGGUGCUGUGGCUGUCUGCCCUGCACGCCUCUGCGGAUCGCAGCCACGGCCGGACACGCCGCCUGCGUGGCCUACCUGAUCUCCCAGGGAGCCGAAGUGGACCUGGUCGACGUCAAAGGUCAGACGGCCCUCUACGUGGCGGUGGUUAAUGGUCACCUGGAUUGCGCCCGGAUCCUCCUGGAAGCCGGAGCUGAUCCCAAUGGGAGCCGCCACCACCGCAGUACCCCGCUGUACCACGCGGCGCGGGUGGGGAGGGUGGAUAUCCUGCAGGAGCUCAUCAGAUUCAAUGCUGAUGUGGACAUGGACCACCAGCUGGGCCCCCGGCUCCUCCUAAGCGCUCGAACCCUGAACACUUUGGUGGUGUGUCCUCUGUACAUCAGUGCUGCCUACCACCACCUUGAAUGUUUCCGCCUGUUGCUCCAAGCCGGCGCGCAGCCGGACUUUAACUACACCGGGCCCGUCUGCCAAGAGGCCCUGACCCGGGGCCUUGCCUCCUGCCUGCUGGAUGCAGUCCUGCGACACGGAUGUGAGGUGAGCUUCAUCCACCUGCUGCUGGACCACGGAGCAGACCCGGCACUUGUGCCGUGGCAAGAUGUGGAGCUAGAGGCGCCGAACCGAAGGAAGGUGGAUCCAGAGGCACUCGGGGUGUUCCUGGACGCAAAGAAAAACCCUCAUAGGCUCACACACGUGUGUCGCAUCAGGAUCCGCAGAGCAAUGGGCAAAAGUCGCCUGACCCACAUAGCUUCAUUACCGCUACCAGAACCCAUCAAGAACUUCCUGCUACACCGAAACUGACUACCAUCUACCUUGUGGUCUCGGAGAGCGUAUGUCCAACGUAAUCCUUGUCCCGAAGACAAGUUGCUUUUACUUUAUAAAAAAUAAGUAGUUAUUUUUUAAAAGUUAAAAGUUCUGUAUGAACUUUGCGUCACUGUAAGGAUUUUCUUUUUAUUAUUCUCUUUUUUUUAAGUUAUCAAGGGAGCCUUAGCCAUGUCUGAACUGUCUUACAGCAAAUGUUUUCUUGUUACCUCCCAAAUCACAAAAAUGCGUUAUGGCUCGUGUUCAGGUCUGGCCUAAAAACCAAAGUAAGAAUUAGCCUGAACCCAAAUGAAGGCUCACGUUUGUACAAGUGUGAUUGUACUGAUCCAGCUUCUUCAGUUGCUCUUUUACAUUCAUGUAAUCCAGGACUUCAUCCAGUCAUCUAUUUAAUAUUUAAAGAAAACGUCUUAUCUUUUCUAAAGUGUUGCCACAGACGACUGUGAUAACUCAAUGUGGCAAAAUAUUUGUCAAAUUAUUCAGCCAAAGAUGCUGCAGUUAACCCCUAAAAUUACAAUGAAAAUUGCACAGUUACAUUCCCCAACUGAUAAUCAAUGUUAUAAAACCUAAAGUUAGUUAUGCUUUCAUGUUAUUGAGUGUUAUUAAUUAACCACCUACUCACUUCGUUAACAUGUUCUAGUGUCUGGUGGUGGUACUGCACUUUGGAUCUUCUAAAGAUAGGAUUUUAUGGCGUUAACCCGCUCUUGCUUCUUCAUGUUACUACAAUGGGUGUAACAGUAUACUACAGUCAAAGUUCAGUAGGUUUUGGGUAACCAUUCAGUAUGGUACCUCAGCAAGAAGAAACACUUCUUUAAACUGAAAACAACACUCAAAGAAACAGUGAGAGAAAAAUAAACCAUCCUUGGCUGGUGAGAUUACAGGAAGGUGAGAUUUAUGAACUGGUAAGAGAACCAGUAUAUCUGUAAGCCAUAUGUCAAACAAAAUGUCAGAUUAAGUAGAAAACCAAUCUUGUUUUUAAAAUGGAACAAAAUAAAAAAUAAAAAACAAUUAGAGAUUAUUUCCAUCAAUUUUGGGCUGUACUUCAUACGUGUCAUUAUCACCUGCUAUUCUUGCAUUAAUUUGGUGUGGACUGCUGUAGAUAGAAGCUUAAUCUGCUCAUUUUGUGUCUUGGUAUUCAAGAAAAAGUAAUAUAAACUUGUGUUUACUCCUUUGCAUAAAAGUGAUAAUUGCCUGUGACCGAUGUAUUAUUCGUCUAACUGUAUGUACCCAUGAGGGUGAUGUCUGAGCCUUAGUUCAGUAUAAAUGUGUGUAUUGUUACACCCCUGAGUACUACAGCCAAGAAGAGACAAACCAAACAUGGUGUUUUCAGCAGGCUUUUCCCAGCAUUUGUAGACUGCUAGUGGUGGUUGAGUCGAUUGCAGUUACCAAUUUGUGCCACUAGAUGGUGAUGCAUACUGUUAUAUGACACUUUUAUCUAAAUAUUUUGCACUGUGUUAAGUUGGUGUGCAUUUAUGAAUAAAACGGUAAAUUAAAGGCCCUUGAUACAUAUUAAAAUAAUAGUAGCCGGAGAGAUGUUUACAUAAUAGACCUUAUUACUACACGUAUACAGGCUAUAAACAGGAUCUUGACCAACAUGUAGUUGUGUAAGAAAAGUUCUUUCUGUAUCCCUGACAAUCUAAAAAAUAUUGAUAGAAAUGUUUUUAACUUUGUAUUUGUUAGCCAGAAAGCUGCCUUCUCUGGGAAUAUGUUGCAUAUGUUGUCUUCAGUCCAGGUCUGCUCCACAGCUACUUUUUCUCAAAUACUAACAUUUAAAUGUGGUGCAUGUGUAACAUGUCGGUGUGUGUUGCUCAGAAAUGUGUUAUAUUUAUUUGCAAACAUUAAAUCUGGUCUCUGACGUUU